UCCCCCUGAUCAAUGCUCAGUGUGACUCUUUGUCACCUACCAGUUCGUGUUUUUAUUUUUCUGACAGGUGUUUGUUGUACAGGUAUGUGCGACCCAGAUUUCCAUAAUUUUAGCCUCAGGCAGUAACCUGUUCUGUUCAAACAAAGCCCCAGCAGAACAGGUUUCUACAUUGGAGGGAUUACUACAUGUACACACAGUUGAGAGGACAACAAAAUGGCAGCUGCACCAUCAACUUUGGUAACACAAAUUCGUGAAGAACUGUCCUGCAGCAUCUGCCUGGAGCUGUUCACCAGGCCCAAGGUGCUGCCAUGUCAGCACACCUUCUGUCAGGACUGUCUACAGGACCAUGCAGGGAGGGGAGGGGCCUUCCAGUGCCCAAACUGUCGUCAGGAGGGCAGGCUACCACCCCAGGGGGUCACAGAUUUACCAGAGAACCAUCUGGUAAUAAGUCUGUGUGAGAGGCUGCAAAACCAGGCUACACUGUCAGGGGAGACAAGGGAACAAUCCAAGUCUGGAAACAGGUGCAGCUUUCACCCCUCUGAGGUACUCAAAGUUUACUGUAAACAAUGUCAGAUUCCAGUUUGUGAUCUGUGUUUAGAACAGGCUCAUGAUGAUCAUCGAUCAACAACCAUCAAAAAAGCUGCACAGGAAAGGAGGUUAACAGUCCAGGAAUUAAUAAAUGAGGGCAAGAGCAUUCUGGAAAGAUACACAAGCUUCUCUAGCAUUCUAAGCAAUAAAGACAAAAGCCUGAAUGAACUGAGACAGCAGAGAGACAACAGCAUCAUUCAGGCCUACAACCAAAUGAUGCAGAAACUCACGCAGAGAAAAGAUCACCUCUUGUCUGAAUCACAACAAAGUCACAAAGAAAACUGGGACAGAGUCAUGAAUGAAAGGGGCAGAGUGUUGGCAGAUAUCAAUGAGCUGUUUGCUGCCUGUCAUCGAGCAGAACAAGAACUGCAGCUGGGAUGCGUCGAGAUUCUCAGUCAGCAAACUACUUUGACAGAGGUGGUAGGAAAGUACAGAGGAAAAGCAGCACCAACUCCUGUACAAACCCAGCCUGCUGUCUUUCAGCCCACAGACACCUCAGUGCCAUUAUUGGGACAUGUGACAGUCCAGACUCUCCCAUCUGCACCAAUCCCAGAAGUGCCUGUACCAAUCCCAGCAGCACCUGCAUCUAGUAAUGAUGUAACAGGGGGCACAGGUCAUCACCAUGGUCACCAAAGACAAGCAGAGGAUCAGGUGAAAUUUGGUGAAGGGGGGUCGGGUACCGGACAGUUUUCGUAUCCAUUUGGUGUUACAGUGUCAGAUGAAGGAGAGAUCUUUGUAGCAGACUGGGGGAACAAGAGAAUCCAAGUCUUUACCCUGCAGGGAACAUUUGUGAGACAGUUUCCAACAAUUGUGCUAGGUGGAGGAGAUACAAAACCACGUGAUGUGGCCAUAGAUAGGGAGGGAAACCUGUGGGUGGUGGUGAGGGACAUAGAAGAUUCUGAUAAGUUUGCUGUGCAGUACAACAAACAUGGGAGGGUGCUGAGGCAGUUUGAUCUUCAGAACACAGGGUGGUACGGAGGAGUUACCGUGGACACCAGGAGGAACCACAUCCUCAUCACAUUCACACAAAUCAAACCAGGAAAGUGUGGAUACUGGGACAAACCACAUGGUGAAGUUUUGGUGUUCAGGCCAGAUGGGACACUAGUGAGAACUGUGGGUCAGCAGCAGGGGAUGAAGUUCCCAUGGUGCAUCACUGUGGAUGGGGAAGGGAACAUUCUUGUGUCAGACAUCUAUGAGUUUAACUGUGUCUUUGUGUACAACGAGACUGGAAUUUUUCUGUUCCAGUUUGGACAUAGGGGAAGUUUUGAAGGCCAGCUGUAUAAUCCCCAUGGCAUCUGUACAGACAGGGCAGGAAACAUCAUUGUGGCAGACAGGGGAAACAGGCGUGUGGAGAUGUUUGACAAGAGAGGAAAAUUCCUCAAACACAUCGCUACAGACAUGCGGAGGCCAUGGGCUGUUGCCAUGGCAACACAGGGACAGCUGGUAGUGACUGAUUAUGAGAAACACACAGUCUCCAUAUUUCACACCUACUAGUACUGUACUGUACCACACAGCAGUCUCACUGCUAUAAACUUUAGAUUUAUAAAUUAAGAAACACUUUUGUAGACAAAGCAAAUUCAAGUGACUUGUCCUAUUACUAGUAGUUUAUGCGGUAGGCCAUGUGUUGAUAAUAAUGAUACUGGUUUGCACAAUAUUAUAUAGUUGAUAUUGUCUUUGGUGUGUGGAGGGUAACUUGAAAACGUGAUAUACAUUGUACAACUAUCUAAAUUCAAACAAAAUAAAAGAAAUAUCCCUUGCA